AUGGCUCAUUAUCAACAACAACAACAACAGCAGCAACGCUCACAGUUGAAUGAAAAUAUCCCUUUAACAUCGAUACCACCAUCAGAAAAGACAUGGAAAGAUGAAAUUCCGUCUGACUUGGAAAUGUAUCUCGAUACAAAACCACUAUUUGGACUGACAGAUGCUCAAGUGUCUGAAAGAUUAGCAAAGUUUGGCAAAAAUGAACUGCAAGAGCAUAAGCGAAGCAAAAUUAAGCACUUUUUAUCAUUUUUCACCGGAGCAAUUGCUUAUCUGAUGGAAAUCUCCAUCAUCCUCACUGCUGUUACCCAGGAUUGGGUUGACUUCGGUAUUAUUCUAGCCAUGCUUAUCAUCAAUGCAUUGAUUGGUUACAGCGAGGAAGCCAAAGCAGACUCGGCUGUAGCUGCACUCAAGAAUAGCUUGGCACUUCAUACCAGAUGUUGGCGAAAUGGGCAAUUGAUUGAAAUCAAUGCAACAGAAAUCGUCGUUGGCGAUGUGAUUGUGAUACGUCUGGGCGAUAUUGUUCCCGCCGAUGUGCGGCUGUUGGGUAUUGGUGCCACGGGUGAAGCGAUUGAUGGCGAUUUGCAAAUAGAUCAAAGUGCUCUCACUGGCGAGUCUUUGCCUAUUCGUAAGCGCAAAGGCGAUCUAGUGUACUCGUCGAGUACAGUCAAGCAAGGCCAGCAAUUAAGCAUUGUUGUGCGCACUGGUGCUGAUACUUUUAUUGGAAAGGCUGCCAACUUGAUCUCCAUUACUACAGACGCUGGUCAUUUCCAAAAGGUUGUAAACUACAUUGGUAACUUUUUGAUUGCGCUUUCGGUCUUGCUAGUGAUUAUCAUCUUUAUCUAUGAUUUGGUUGAAAAGAAGGUGAAAACUGGCACUGUAACCAAAGAUGAUGCAUUGGAAGCCUUAAAAGAGAUGGUUGUGCUCACAAUUGCAGCUAUACCCGUGGGGCUGCCGACUGUCAUGUCGGUCACCAUGGCUAUUGGAGCCAAGCAGUUGGCAAAGAAACAAGUGAUUGUAAAGCGCCUUACUGCAGUUGAGGAGUUGGCUUCCGUGUCCAUUCUGUGCAGUGACAAGACUGGUACACUGACAUUGAACGAACUCACAUUUGAUGAGCCUUAUCUUGCUACAUCAUACACCAAGAAUGAUAUACUAUUGUACGCGUAUCUUUCUUCUGAGCCUGCCACAAGUGACCCUAUCGAAUUUGCUAUCCGCACAGCUGCUAUCAAGGAUCACCCUCAGAUUACUGGAGAAAAGCACGAGGUGUUUGGCUACAAGGUCAAAUCAUUUAGACCCUUUGACCCUACAGAGAAAAUGUCUCGAGCCACCAUCCUGGACCACAGCAAUCAAUCCACAUUCAAGGUAGCCAAAGGGGCCCCUCAAGUCAUUUUAGACUUAGUCAAACAGCAUGGUGGUGGUACUAUGGACGUGGCUGAAGGCAUAGUCGUGGAAUUUGCCAAUCGAGGACUGCGUGCACUAGGUGUUGCAAGAACUAAGCCCAAGUCCAUGCUGGAUGACACAGAUGAAGAAUGGGAGUUAGUUGGUAUUUUUAGCUUGAUUGAUCCGCCUCGUCAUGACUCUGCUGAAACGAUCAAAGACUGUAACGACUAUGGUAUCUCUGUAAAGAUGAUCACAGGCGACCAAACCAUCAUUGCCAAAGAAGUUGCUCAGCGUUUGGACAUGGGCCAAGAUAUCUUGGAUGCCAAUUGCUUGGUAGACCCUUCUCAGACAGAUGAUCAGGUUGCGGAAAAGUGUCUGCAGGUGGACGGCUUUGCUCGCGUUAUUCCAGAGCAUAAAUACAGAGUGGUUGAGCUCUUGCAAAACAAGGGCUACUUUGUCGCCAUGACAGGUGACGGUGUGAAUGAUGCUCCUGCUCUAAAGAAGGCCAAUGUUGGUAUUGCAGUUCAUGGAAGUACAGAUGCUGCUCGCACCGCUUCAGACAUUGUUCUGCUGGCUCCCGGUUUAGCAGCUAUCAUUGACGGAAUCAAAACAUCCAGAGCCAUUUUCCAGCGCUUGCAGUCUUACGCACUGUACAGAAUUGCUUCAACUAUCCAUUUUCUGAUUUUUUUCUUUGUCAUCACAUUGGCUGAAGACUGGUCUAUGCCUCCUAUUUUCUUGAUCUUGAUUUCUGUCCUAAAUGAUGCUGCUACCAUGAUCAUGACAGUCGAUAACGUUACCAUCUCAAAGAGGCCGAAUGUUUGGCGUCUUCGUUUGUUAGUGGUGCUUUCAACUGUGUUAGCUUUAUUCUUGUCACUGUUCUCGUUUGCCCACUUUUACAUUUUCCGAGACGUCCUGAAAGUUACUGAAGGCCAACUUUAUACAAUCAUGUAUUUGCAUAUUUCAUGUGCUCCUCACUUUAUCAUCUUUUCAACUCGCAUUGAGGAUUUCUGUUGGAAGAGUGUCCCGUCUUGGCCCUUCACCGUGGUAGUGUUAGGUACACAGGUCAUUGCCUUGAUUUUAUCCGUUUAUGGCGUUGUGGGUGAUGCUCGAGUCGAAGGAAUCGGUUGGGUUCGUGGCAUUAUUAUCAUUGCUAUUGCUUUAGUUACAUUUGUGUUGGUAGAUCUAGUUAAAGUGGCUACCAUUCGUUUAUGGAACAAACACCAUAGCUACAGCAAUAUCAUCAAGAAGAAGCCCACCGUAUCAUUGAAAAAGUUCAAGCAAAAGACCAAACCAACCCGAGCUCAAAAGUUCAUUCAGGAUCAACAUCAAAAUUCGCAUUCUGGAUCAUCAGAACAGCAGAUUUACUAUUAG